GGGAGCCCGCCUCUUCUCGCGAGGAAGCGGCGGCGGAAGUGGCGAGGCGCGGCCCGGAAGCGCCGCUGCCGUGGAGACGGGAACCGGGACCUGAACCCACCAUGGCCGAGACCGACCCGAAGACCGUGCAGGAUCUCACUGCCGUGGUGCAGACAUUGCUUCAGCAAAUGCAGGACAAAUUUCAGACCAUGUCUGACCAAAUAAUUGGAAGAAUUGAUGACAUGAGCUGUCGCAUAGAUGACCUGGAGAAGAACAUAGCAGACCUCAUGACACAAGCAGGAGUGGAAGAAUUGGAAGGCGAGAACAAGACCCCUGCUACUAACAAGAGUUAAAAUUGCCAAUAGCUUAAGAUGAAUCCUGGAAGACUUCUUUUUUUUUUUUUUUUCCUACAAGUCCUUGGAAUUACAGAACAGCUUUUUGCAACUACUGUGUGUAAAAGCAUUUUUAUAUUGUUACAGAGCUUGCAUUCCUAAUGUAUAUUGUAUAGUUAGGGAUAGAUUAGUUUAUAUUUUGAUUUGUGUACUGUAAUUUCACUUUUUGAAUUCUUGUUAUGAGGAUCAAUUAGUUGUGUUAUUAAAACACUGAUCUUAUGGUUCUCAACUACUGGGUGUAUUUUUUUGUGAAGUCACUUUCUCUUUCUUAUACUUUUUCUAGAUGUUUCAUUUUUGAUAGCUAAACAUCUAGUGACUCCCAUUAAAUCGAAAUCUUAACUUGUUUAACGUAACUUUGUAGAGUGAAGCACAAGGUUGAAACUUUUCAUUAAUCUUAGCUCUGAGCAUCAGUCGCUCAACUAGUUGAGGACUAUGUGCCGUUUUCUCGUAAAUGUAAUAAGGUGAUUUUGGAAACAUAAGGCACUGAAUAUCAAAAUCAUAUCUCCUACUCCUGGUAUUACCUUACCUGUGUGUUCCUAGAACAUAAACCAGAAAUAGAGAUUUAACAUUAGAGAUGUUUGUACACAGUUGAGCAACCACUGCCAUUCAAAUCUGUUACAUUUAGACAGACAAGGAACUAUUAACUAUGAAAAAUCUCGCUAUGGGAUUUAAGUUUUUUAACACUGUAAAACUCUACUUUGAAACUGCCAAUGUGUCAUUUAGCAUCACCUUUGAAUUAUGAUUAAAAUAGCGACGCUGGACAGAACAGGGAUGGAAUUGUGGGAGUGUCUGUAUGUGGUCUUUCAGUUUAAAUCACCAGCUCGUUGUACAAAACAGUUUGCUAACAAAGCAAUGUUAUACUGAGUAACAAAAAAGGAGAGAAUCCAGUUAGAAUUGUAAAGCCUUGCUUCUCUUUGAAUAACAACUAGCCGGAACUCUUCAAAAUACUUGGUUUGGAAAGGUGUUUGUUUUUCUAAUCACAUCCACGUUUAUGGCCCUGGAGUGUAAUGGACUAUGUUACAGUAUUUUGGCAAUGAAAAGUGUAUUUAGAAGAGUCUGUGCUAUGUCACGUGUGAAGAAAAAUGACCACUGUCGGAUAUUACUGACAAUCGUUGCAAUGCUCCUCAAACUUUAAAUACAAGUUUAAGAAAGCACUAGUAGCAGUGAGCAGUUAUAUGUGGACUAUACUUAAGACUGCUCUUUGAAUGCCACCAAAUUAGCACAUGUGUGUUAUGAAGGCAAGAUGACAGGUCAUUUUUCAAAACUGAGGGGAAAUUGUAAUAAAGGCUUGUAAUAAUAGGGGAAUUUUGUGAACAUAGGAAAUAUAUCAAUACACCUUGUAAUACUAGCCUUAGGCUCUUUGUAAUGUCAUUUAAAAAAUCUAAUAAAGUAUUAUGUGGUAACAAAUAGUCAGGUCAUAUAUAUUAAAGCAAAAUCUAGCAUAAGUAUAUCAUUAUAUGUGAGAUUGUAUUUAGUUAUAAGUUAUAGAAAGAGUUUAGCACAGCUGCUGCUUAUAGAACAUAGUAUAGAUAUACUAGAAUAUAGUCAGUAUUACACAGUCUAGUGUUCUGUAUUAUAAAAGGGUGAGCAUGAUUCAUGCCCUGUAAAAUCUGGAUUUUACUAGGUAAUUACAAUAUAGACCAAAUUCAUAGGAAAAUAUAUUAAAGUGGAGGAUCAUUUUGUAUGAUGUUUAUACAACUAUAAAUUCUCAUCUGGCCGCCUUCCUCCUGCGGGAGUAAUGGUCAUUCUUGAAUUUGCUUGUGCUAUCCUAUAUACAGCAGUAGUAGGCCUGCUUUCCUGAAGUUUAUUGUGUCAGAAUAACUUACUGGAAAAUUAUUUCAGCUUUAAGAAGCAGCUAGAUUAUCCAAGUCAUUGGAAAGAUUCUAAUCACUUUUCAGUAGAGAUAGUCUUCCAUCAUAAAUUUAACACUUAACUGAUUUUGUAAAGUAAUAAUCCAAUUCAAAACAAGCCUUUCAGACAGGAAGGUAUUACUUGUAGCUCUUUAAACUCUGCAUAUUUUUGAGAAACAUGUUUUAUUCUUACUCAGAACCAGUGAUGGAGCUACAUAUAACCAGCACAUGCAAACCAAAGUACAAUCCCUUUUGGCCACGUUUUCUUGAAGUGCAGUUAGUGUAAUUGACAAAGAAAGCAUAAGAGGACUGUUCUUAAGUGUUACUUUAUAUGGAUUUGAUAAGACUUUACAAAAUAAUAGUGCUCUUUUUUUUUUUUUCUGAAUAUGCUGGUUCACGUCUUACCUGACAAAUAUUUGUCCCUUCCAGUGGGCUGCCUCAGUUGCAAAGAAGAAGAUCAAGCUCUUGAACAGGGACUGUCUUCCGUAUUAGAAUAUGAAGAAAGCUGUUGCAUAUAUUCAUUUAAAUCAAACUACGUGCUCUGUUCUGUUCAGGACUGUCAUUUGAGACUGCAGGUUGUGUUUUUUAGUUAUUUAACUCUAUGCUAAAGUCUAUAUAAGCACUUUCUACUUUAAGAGAAAUUUUCUGCUACCUGUCAUCAUAGUAACAUACAUUUGGAUUUUAUCAUUGAUGUAUUUACCUCCUACAGUGGAUUUUCACAAACAGUUACAGAUUAAAUGCACCCUGCUCUGGUUUCCUGGUACAGGCAGGUGUGGUGGAUGCUGCAUUUUCCAGUUUGCAAUUCAAAGCUGGUGUUGACUUUGAGCAGACCUGCUGUAAUUCACAGGCACAGCAGACCCAGGCUAUGGCAGCAGAAUUGUCUGCUCUGCCUGUGUGAGUGAGCCUGGGUAUCGUCUGCUCACGUCUGCCUCCUGCCUACCUGCAAGCGGGGAGAGGGUUUCUGGUAUGAUAGGUGCCAUCUCGGAGGAGAUGAGAGAGAUGCAAAAUGCGCUCUCUUGAACUUGCCGCUUCCUUCAUUCUUUCCCGUCCUAGCCCAAGCAGCAACUAAGGGGACAGUAAAGCUACUUUCUGUAAGUGAGCGUGAGGUAUGGAAUUACACAGAGCAAGUAGAGAGUCUACGGGUCCUGCAUUUAUGGGAAAAAGGAAGAACAGCUAAGGACGGAGAAGACAGAACCCCCCCUGCUCCUGCCUAAGUUCCUCAAGCUCUCCACUGUCUCUGCUCUCACCUCGCCACUUCUGCUCCAGAUUUCCAUUACCACCAUCCUCUUCAACCCCUGCUUCUUUUCCACUCUGACUCUUCAGAGCUGUUACUGAGGAAAAAGCCACUGUUUCCAAACUGUUUCCAGGUAACUACUAAGUAUAGACACUCUUUCACAAAAGAUUUACAUUAGGAACAGCAAAUAGAAUCAUUUUUUUUCUAUGACAGGAAUUAUGAGUGACACCAUGUAAGUCUUCAACCACAAUUUUCAUAGCCAAGCAUUAAUAACAGUAUUGUUUUCUGAAUGCUAGACUUAAGACCUAACAACCCAGAAACAAGCUGAAGAUCUCGAGCUGUGUGGCCUAUGUAUUUUACACUGGGCAACAGAAAUAAAUUUUAAACUCCU